AUGAAUUAUGAAAACUACGAUCCUAUUUUCCCUGACCAGCCGGUUGUUGACCUCUACCUCCCUAUAUGGGCUAGCUUACCUGCCUUUAGGUCCAAGCCAGCUUUCAUUUGGUCCGAAGAUUGCACCACCAAUUCAAGCAAGACCUUAACGCUUACUUAUGCUCAGCUUAAUGAUUCAGUGCAGUCCAUUUCUUUUCAGCUGCUCAAUUCAUUACAAAGAAGAGACACUGUAAUCGUUUUAUGCACACCUGGGCUAGAGCUCGUUGAGGUUAUUUUUGGGUGUCAAAGAGCUGGAUUUUUGAGCGUGCCAAUAUUCCCACCAGACCCUUCAUUCGCCAAACAAAACUAUCACCACCUAGUCAGAGCUCUAUCCCAGACAAAGCCGAAAGCUGCUAUUGCUCACCACGAUUAUAUCACAAAAGUUCAGCAAUAUCUCUCUUUGCCCUCCAAGGACAAGAGGCUUGCUGAGAUGCUACAAAAGCUGAAGUGGAUUCCCAUUGAAGAUGUUAAACGUGAAAGUGUAGAUUCAAGCGUGGAUUCUAUGCUUUAUAAUGGCUGCAAACCUGAUGAAAUUUACCUGAUUCAAUACACCUCGGGUGCUACAGGGAUCCCGAAGCCAGUGCUUUUGACAGCCGGAUCAGCAGCUCACAAUGUUAGAAUAGCGAGGAAAGCUUAUGAUUUACAUCCAAAGAGUGUUACUGUCUCUUGGUUACCUCAGCACCAUGAUUGUGGCCUUAUGUUUCUGUUAUUGACCAUUGUAUCUGGUGCAACAUGCGUGUUGACAUCACCCACAGCUUUUGUUAAUCGGCCUAGACUAUGGCUUGAGCUCAUGACGGAGUUCAAGGCAACUUGUACUCCUGUUCCAUCAUUCACCUUGCCAUUAGUCGUGAAGCGUGGUGGAAUCGAAACCGGAAGCUCACCUAUUAAUCUACGGAGCUUAAGAAAUCUAAUCAUCAUCAACGAGCCCAUUUACAUGGCAUCAGUUGAAGAAUUUCUUCAUGUGUUCAAGCCUUUUGGACUAAAUUCAUCGUCCAUCUCCCCUUCUUAUGGCUUAGCAGAGAAUUGCACUUUCGUUUCCACGGCAUGGAGAAGCAAUGACAACUCCGGAAACUCGUGUUUCCUGGCUUUCCCCUCUCACGACAAUCUCUUACCCAGUGCAAGACUUGUCAGUGAUGAAGAAGAAGAGGAUAUGGACAUUAUUGUCGUAAAUGAGCACACACAUGAGCCUGUUGGUGAUGGAAUUGAAGGGGAGAUUUGGGUUUCGUCUCCGAGCAGUGGCUCGGGUUACUUAGGCCAUCCUUUCUUAACUCAAGACACAUUUAAAGGUAGACUUAGCAACAAGGUCAGCCGGUGUUACGUCCGAACCGGGGAUAGAGGAAUUGUGAAAGGGGAAGAAAGAUUUCUCUUCGUAACAGGUCGUUGCCAGGAGGUGAUUAAGCUCCCAAACGGUCAGGACAUACACCCUCAUUACAUAGAGACCGCAGCUUACAAUAGUUGCCCACAGUUCAUAAGAGGUGGUUGUCUUGCUGCAUUUGAUGUUUCAAGAAUGAUCGUUAUUGUCGCAGAAAUGCAGAGGAGUGAAAAGGAUAAUAAGAUAAUUUUGAAGAAUAUAUGUGAAAGAAUCAAGGAGAAUGUAUUCGAGAAAGAAAAAGUUGAUGUAGGGAAGGUAGUUCUUGUAAAAAGUGGAAGUGUUCCGAAAACAACUUCAGGUAAAAUUCAAAGGUGGUUGGCUAAGGACAAUUUUGUAGGAGGUAAAACGAAUGUUUUAACGGAAAUCAAGUUUGAUAUCAAUGCUGGAUUUUUACAGUCAAGUAAUGGAAGAGGACAAAGAAGAGGAAGCGACAGAAGGGAAGAAGGAAGAGGCCUGAUAGCUGACGAGAAAGAAGAGGUCGUUAAUUCACUCUCAAGUGGUCCAAUUGGUCGUCCAUGGUUGUCUCGAUUGUGA